UGCAGGUUUUUGCAUAUUCACUCACCCCAAUCCUUCAUCUUUCUCGGCUCACUCACAAAUUUCGUAACUUCCGGUGUGUUUAGCUUCUCGUCCCCCUUUCGUUUUUCUCCAUAGCCGCCAUUGAUAAACCCACCACCAGUAUCAGCAGCUCUUUUUGCUAGUAUAAACACCAUAUACACAUACAAACACGAAUGCAUGAGUUUUAUUUCUGGAUCUAAAGAUUUGAAGGCGGUUUGUGUUGACAAUUAACUGCAAUGGGAGUGUUAGGGGAGUCAUGGUGUUUCUGUAACGGAUUAGGCAAGUCGGAGAAAACGAAAUCCGCCAUAUUUUCAGGCAAAGGACCUUCCAUGGCUCGAAUUUCCACCGGCACUGGCUUCCUUAUCCAUAGGAACCUUCUACUUACUACUCAUGCUAUCCUCCCAUCGGUAGCCGCUGCUGAGGCUGCCGAGAUCCAGCUUCAAAACGGUGCCGGUGCUUGCCUUUUUCCGAACAGGUUCUUCAUUACUAGCUCCGUGCUCGAUCUAACCAUAGUCGGCCUAGAUGUCAUCGAUGGAGAGUCAAAUCCCCCAGUCCAGCAGUCUCACUAUUUGAAAACAUGUUCUAAACCAAAUCUCGACCUUGGUAGUACGGUUUACCUUUUAGGCUACACCGAGAAGAAGGAGCUAACCGUUGGUGAAGGUAAGGUGGUUAUAGCCACCGACAACCUCAUAAAGGUUAGCCCUGAUGGUCUUAGCUGGAGCCCUGGUUCAGCUGGUUUUGAUGUACACGGCAAUCUUUCUUUCAUGGUCUGUGACCCUAUGAAGCUAGCCACAUCCCCGAACACAAAAUCAUCAUCAACUUCAUCUUCUUCAACUUCUUCUUGGAAAAAGAAUCCUCAAACGCAAUUCGGCAUCCCGAUUCCUAUAAUUUACGAUUGGUUAAACCAGCACUGGGAAGGUAGUCUCGAUGAUCUCGUAAACAAACCUAAACUACCCAUUAUUAGGUUGAUGUCCACCGGCCAAAAAAGCGAACAUUCUUGUUCUUCAUUCACCAAGAGACGGGUUUUUAAAACGGCCGAAGAUGAAAACGACCCAACAACUCCAUCUUCGGCAAAUAUGAUCUCGAAACCCAAAGAUCAAGAUCAUCCAGGAUCUAGUUCUUCCCCAAUGGCCCGUAGUUUUCAAGAUGAAACACCACCCAUUGAUCAAAAUCGUACCAUUGCUACUCAUCUACAGGGAAUCCCAACUCCCGAGAUUUACGAUUCCCCAAAAUUGAUCUCGGUGCCUUUUAGGAAAACCGAAAACGCCCAAAUUCAGCUCUUGGAUAUCAACUUCCCACCCAGAAUUGCCAAACCAACUGCCACACCACUGCCUGUAAGAAAGAAAGAAGUUCCCAUAGCCGAAGAUGAUAUUGUUUCGACAGGUUCCGUAAAUGGGGCCCACAGCGAGGUCCAGUCAUGUGCAUCCCCAAAUCCAAUUGAGUUACCACAGGGGCAAAAUGGGUAUAACAGUGAAGGAGAGACCACAAUGUACUCGGCAGAAACUGCUGAGAGCCGUAACUUUCCGAGUCCAAAAGACGGAAGAUUUCAUCAUCAGCAGCAGGUAGGGAGGAGCCAGAGCUGUGUGAAUUACACCAGAUGGGGUUCAGGGUCAGGAUCCGUCCAGAGGAACCUGAAUGGUCGAAGAGAUACGAAAGGGUAUUCACAAGGUACAACUUCUCACAGGAGUAAUGACUAUUAUAGCCCUACCGUAUCGUCGAUCAUGAAGAAACAGACCAACUCGGAGCGGCAACCUUAUCGACCUCGGCCAAUGCCAAUCCGUUCGUCUCCGAAAUGGACGUUUUGACUUCGAUUUCGAGGUAAUCUGUAUCAUCAUCUUACAUGUUCUGUCUCAUUUUUUAGCAUGUUGGAAAUCUCUCUAUAAUGUAACUAUUUCCAUAGAGCCUAAAUGUGCAGUUUGAUUUAAAGAUGAAUCACAAAGAAUCCC